UUAGUUAUGUUUGUUUUCAGUUUAACCAAAUCCUUCAAACGUUUGCCUACUGGUAGUAGUUGUAUCUCAAAUACGCUGGGUAAUGGCUGUGUUGCUCGUUAUACAAUGCAAGUUAAUCGUGAAAAGAUCUUUUUCAAUCGGAAACGAGAACUUGUUAAAUUUAAAGAAGCAUUUAGUUCCGAUCCACAACUUCAUGUUGUUCUAGGUCCUCCUAGUAGUGGGAAAACCGCAUUGGUCCGCGAAGUAACGAGUAAAGGUAAUUUCAACCCUCUUUUUAUCGACUGCCGUAAAGGACAAUUUAACACACCAAAGACAAUUUAUGAUUCAAUUUCUUCGCAAUUCCAACCAUUUUUCAAAACACAUACGAAAUACUUGACAAAAAUGCUUCAACAAGGGGAAAUCAGUGCUGUGAUGGAUGAUUUACAGUUAAAAUUUAAACCAUUUAAUGAGAAUGAGAAAGAUAUUACUUCUGAUGAUGUCAUAAAGUUGCUUGAUAAUAUUGCAAGUGCCCUUCCGAAAUGGACCUGUUGGGAUGGUUAUAACAUACCUCCACCCAUUUUGAUCAUUGAUGAAGCAAACAAGUUUAGCCAUCUUGGGGGUUCAAAAGAUGGAGAAGUUCUUCUCGAAUCAAUUCUGGACUGGCUUGUGGUGAAUACAAAACAGGAAAACCGCUUCCACGCUGUACUUACCUCUUCCGAUUCAUUCUUUCUUAACUGGAUUGUAAAUUUUUUGCAUGUCCCACAUGUUGCCCCAUAUGUUGUUGGAGAUUUGAGUAGGAAAGAAGCUGAAGAGUAUUUUGAAAUGCAUAUUCUUCCUCGACAUGAAUGUGAAGAACUCAGAGGUAAAUUUGACCGGGUCUGCAAAAUAACAGGUACACGAAUGCUCAUUAUUGAUAAGUUUGUCAAUGAAUACAAAAUUUACAGAGGAAAGCUUGAAGAUAGUGAAUUUUCGAUUUUUAGACUAGAAGAUGAUAAGUUGAAGCGUGGUCUUUAUCCUAAAAGCUUGAAAUUUUCAAAUAAGCCUUCUCCACCAGCCUGGAAUGAUCGUCAUUUAAUCAAAACUAUGGAAGCAAUAGUGAAAGCAGAGGAUCAAGGAUUCAUUUUAGAAGAAGAUUUGAUUAAAGCAAUCGGUGAUGAACAAGUCUAUUCACUUGUAGAUUAUAAUUAUCUACAUCGUAGACCAACCAAUCAAUAUGCCAAUGACAUUAUUGACCCACCAGAUGAAUUAGAAUGUUCAUAA